AAUUAAUAAUAAUAUAAUAAGAAAUAAGACAAUGAUUCUAAAUAGAUUCCAAAAAGUAUGCAUAAACAUUACGAUUGCAAUUAUAAUCCUUGGAAUUGUAAUAAUUUUGUUGACGUCUAAUUUUAAACAUGAAAACGAAAAGCUUAAAACUGUAUUGAUAGCAAUCGCGCUCGUUUGGCUGAUAAAAUAUGUUAUAUUUGAUCUGUUAAUCCUUGUAGCAUUAGCAUUCAGUGAUGUUUAUUGCAAAUGUUAUAAGAAAUUAAAACGAACUAGGCAAGAGGACAAACCACAGCAAAAUGGACAUAUUGAGACUCUCAAGUUACAGGUAGAGAGCUACAAGUCAAAAGUACAAUUACCAGAAAAACACACACAUGAAACCACCAACUUAAAGUAUAAACAAAUAACCGCAGACUUGUGGGUCUACGGUAAACAAUUUUUACUGCUUUUAAUAGUGAUAAUGGGAAUACAUAAUGGUCUAACCUAUUGGAAUGCGGUCAUUAUGAGACGAGUGCUCACAAAAAAUGAAGAACGAGACUAUUCAUUAAAUGAUGUCAAAACUCCAGACCAAAUAUAUGAAUUUAUACGGAACUUACCGAUACUGCAAUUCAAUGAUGGUAAGGAUUACAACAAUAUGGAAAUUAAGGAGCAAGGUUGGAUAUCAUAUGAGCUGGGAAAACUGAUCGGUGUAGUACGUUUAAGACAGUUUCGUCGCACAAGUGAAAAGGAUAUAAUUCGUAAUCUAGUAUAUGAGUUUCGUCAUUUUAUGCCUGGUUGGCAACUGCCUUACGAAAAAUUGCAUUAUGUAGAUAAAUUUUGGCGUAUUACUGAGCCUUGGUUACCAAUGGAGGCAACAUCUUUUCAAACUCAUAACGAUUUCUUCGCUUUCACGCGUUCGGGGGUUUUGGAUGAUUAUGAUGAUGGAGGCUACGUGGCAGUACUAGCUAGAGACGUAAACAAUAGUGAAAAUGUUGUACAAAUGCUAGAAGAAUUUAAUUGGAUUAACGAAAAAACAUUAGUGGUGUUUAUUGAGUUCACAGUGUACAACACCGAUACGAAUAUUUUCACUGUUUCUAGCAUUAUGAUGGAGCAAACACCUUUUGGUAUUAUAAUGUCCUCUUGUAGCGUACUCAGUUCAGCUCUCCUACUGAAUAUUGACCAACUCAGCUAUAUAGGGUUAAUAGUGUUAUUGCUCUACAUACUACAGUUGAUAGAAUUCACAACAGUUAUUUUUCUAAGAAUUUGGCAUGCCCCAGAAACAAUUUGGUUACCAUGGAAUUUAGUGGAUAUUACUAUUGUUGCGCUAAAUUUGAUUGUCGUAGCGCUCAUUGUAUGUAGAGAAGCUUUAUUGGAAAAACUGAUGGAUUAUGUAUAUGAAGCCGAGAAAUUGCAUUAUAUUGAUUUUCGUGUACCAGCAGAAAUUGACUAUAUUACUUUGUUUGCAUUGGGUCUGCUAGUUGCCUUGACAACGAUCCGGCUUUGGAAGAUAUUACAAUUCGCUAAAGUAUUUAAUGCGUUUACUACUACACUUUUUGAGGCCAAAUAUGCUUUGAUCUCAACAACAUUACUAAUAUUUCUUUUCAUAUUUGCUUUCUCAAUAACAUCACUAAUUAUAAAUGGAAAUAAUGUUGAAUCGUUUCAUAGAUUUUUCAAAAGUUUUUCCUGCUCUAUAAGUAUAGCCGUUGGUUUUAAAAGUGAUGGUAACCUAAGUGAUGUGGAGCAUGACAGCCAAUUUUUAGGUAUAAUAUUAUAUAUUAUACUUGUGUUCGCAGUUAGUAUUGUGCUAAUCAAUUUGUUCAUAACGCUGAGCCUUAGUUACUUUAGCACCAUUAAAGCCAGCAGAUCAAUGGAAAUUGACGUCGAUCUGAGUUUCUUUGAAUAUCUACGAAUGGAAUACAAAUCAUGUUGUCAGCGCUGCAAAUGCUGCAGGACAAAAGCUCAGAAAACUAAAAGUCAAAUGACAGUAAAGGAAGAUGUUGAAAGACAAAUAGAAGAGCACGAAAAACUCAACAAAGGUGAAAAGGAUGACAACUCUGAGGAAGCUGAUAAACCUAGUGAAACAAUAAAACAAACAGAAGAAAACAUAGAAAAACAAGCUAUGGAAAAAUAUGUUGAUGAAAUUAAUAAAAUAGAACGUUUACGAGAAAUUGCAAGAAUAUUAACUUUACAAACUGAGUUACUAAGUCGAGUUCUAAAUGAAGUAGACAGUGAUUUCGAGACUGACGACGAAAAUGAAAACGAAGGACAUUCAAAAAACGGUAAAAUUAUUGAAUUAAGGAUAUUCAUCUGUUUAAUUAAGUUGAAAGAGAACUGCGAAUUUGACUAUAACUAUCCACAAAAACAGCUAUUUUGGAUUUUAAAUUUAACUAAUAGCGCAAUAAAUAUAUAUAGUUAGUUAUUUACAUAACAUCACUUUCUAUAAAGUGAUUCAUAAUUAAUUCAAAAUUAUUAAAAUUAUUAUUAUGAUUAAAAAAAAUAACCGAAAAUUCUAUAACCGAAAAGAUCGU